GCGCUCGUGAUCAUGUUGCGCCAACUACCUAAUACCCCCGAAGAUACCCUGGAUCGCAUUGGGCCAUGGACAGAAUGGGUGUUGAAAAUCUAGUUACUUGUCAUGUAUGUAUGUUUGCUUUCUAUGUAUAUUAAUCUUGCAUCAGGGUGCAUUGGGAUUGGACUGUUGUUUUGCAUAUCUGGUUCUGAUUUUGGGUUUGUUUUACUUGAUUAUCAUUAUUCUCUUUGGAUGCAAGGAGAGAGGCAUGGCAUGUUUGGAUUCUGAUGCGAUGAUGUCUGCACAAUUAUCAACCUUUUCAAGUCAAUGGUAAAGGAGAAGGGGGGUUUCAUCCUUUCUUUAAUAGUCUAUCCUUUUUCUCACCGAAAUGAAC